GCAGGACAUUAUAACCCUAGGCAUUUCACUGCCUCGGCUCCGGAGUGGAUUCUUAAUUUAGUUAGGGACUGGGGAAAAUUGUCUCGCUUGGUGUUAAAGUAUAAGGAUUCAAUGGAAAAAGAAGUGAUUGCAGAGUUGGUAACAGAUAACGUCUUAGUAUAUGACAAUCAAUAGAAAAGCUAAGGCAAAUAAAUUUGAUUAACAAUGGGCAUUUUUAAAGUCAAGAGAGGGGAUGAUACCAACAGAACUGAAAAGGGCGAAAGUUCAAGUAGAAGAAGAGGACAAUGAUGCCACAAAAGUCUGUUGGAUAGCUUAAGAGUGAGUGCCAUACAACAAGUUAAUGAAGUGGUUCUGAAGACUGCAAUUAAGAAGAUUAAUGGAAAGAAUUUUCGGUUUGCCUUAUCUGUUGUCAGUUGUUGGCUAUUGCUUGGAUCAGAAGACAAUCAGUCAAUCACAAGGGCGGUUGUUUUUUAUGAGUUCACGGGACAUCAUAUGACUAUUUGGAGUUUCAAGUGGGAUAUGUUAGGUGAAAGCUUCUUCUGUCAGUCAACAGAAAACAAUGUCAAAUGAAGCAGCCAUGGUGGACCUUAAACCAAGCAUUUCCACCAACUCCCUGAACUUUUAAAAUAAGGCAUCCACAAGGCAGCAAGGAAGCUGCAAAUGGUGGAUUCAGAGUGGGGAGAAAUGGGAAAAGUUGAGGUGAUAUCAAAAUGCUUAGUAGGAGCAGCCAUGGUGGAAGGAGACCCACGAAUUUCCCAGAUCGACUUGACGCCGUGGGACCUAAAGUCCCUUCUCGUUGGCUACAUCCAGAAAGGGCUCAUCUUCCACAAACCCAAUAACCCUCCAACGCUGCAGCAAAACAUGUUUGUAAUACCUCUCUUGAAAGCCUCACUCUCUUUAGCUCUACAUUUCUUUCCACCUCUUGCUGGCCGUCUUGCGGUCACAAAGAAUGAUGAUGGAACGACCUCAGUUUCAAUUAACUGCAACAACAAAGGAGCCGAGUUUGUCGUGGCCCGUGCCAGUGACGUGACUGUCGAUCAGCUCCUCGGGCCCGCCAACGUGCCUCCCCUCGUCCGUCCAUUCUUCUCGUUUAACCGUGCGUGCAACUAUGAGGGCAUCUCCAAGCCUUUGUUGGGUGUCCAUUUGACCGAGCUCGCCGACGGUUAUUUCAUCGGCUGUUCUAUAAAUCUCUGUGCCGCGGACGCUUUCUCAUUUUGGCAUUUCUUCAGUUCUUGGUCCGAAAUCUCCCGUGGUUUCCGCAAGAUAUCUCUACCUCCCGUUCUCGACCCGUGGUUCCCGGAGAACGUCGCCCACCCGCUUCCUCUCCUGUUUGAUCUCGAGAAAGAAAUGCUAUCGGAUUCUUUCAUCCCCCUACCAUUUGAAGAAAGAGUGUUCCAUCUAAGGAAAGAAUACAUUGGUCUUCUCAAAGCAAAAGCCAACUCCAAAAUGGGAGUAAACUCCAUAUCCUCACUGCAGUCAUACGUGGCUCACCUGUGGAGGGCAAUCACCCGUUCCCGUUGUGUAAAUGCCACCGAGGAGGUCAGUAUAUACGUGCCGAUAGGCGCGAGAUGGAGGCUGAAUCCCCCUCUUCCGGAAGGGUACUGAGAGAAUGCAAUUUACAGCAGAGUGGUGAGGGUGAAAUCCGGGGAGUUGCUGGGGAGGGGGCUCGGCUGGGCUGCCUGGGUAAUACAUCAAGUGGUCGCUGCGCAGAAACAUGAAGAGGUGGUGCAGUUUUACAAUGGGUGGGUGAGAUCUCCGGCGGUGCCGCAGAAGAAGGAACUGUUCUGCGCCAACUUUCUGGGCAUUGCAAGUUCUCCUAGAAACGAUGUGUACGGCGUGGAUUUCGGAUGGGGGAAGCCGGUGGCGGCGAGGUGUGGGAUGGACAAUAAAUCCGAUGGGAAGUUCAGCCUGUUUCCAGGGUUGGAAGGAGAUGGGAGCGUAGACAUCGAGCACUGUUAAGGUACCCCAAGUCUCCAAAUCUUCCCAUCCACAUCCGUAAAACUGUAAAAGAUACGUGGUAAUUAGAUCAGCAGCACAAGCAGAGACGAAUUUGGCAUAUCUUCAUCUUAAUCUCUGCUCUCGAAUCGAUCCGAAUAUAGCAUUUAAACCCGAGGUCCGGCAAGGUCGAAUCCUGUCAAUGAACGGCAGAUAGGUUUAAGCAUGACUUUUGGUGAUGGGUUAAUGCGUCGGCGACUUGGGCCGCUGGACAGAUCUAGAUGACGGUGAUUGAAGCCCUUAUCCUCACUUCAGAUCUUCAUCAAAGCUCCCAUCUUUGAAAUCUCUGCUCAGCUCUGCCUUUAUCUGUAAGCUUCUCCAUAACUUGCAUUUUUGUGUACUGGUUUCUUGUACUUUUCUUGAAUUUGUAUGCGCGAAUCUGUGUGUGUAAAACUGGGAAAAAUGAUUACCAUCAAUGAAUGAGGUUGAGGUUU